GUUUGAAACAGACGGAAAACCACAUAGCUUCUUUUUCGAUAAUCUGGUUUUUAUUUAGCUGCAUAAAUGCCGAAAACUCUUCAAUUCAAGCACUUUUGGUGGCUUCUGUCCUGUUUGUGCUGCUGAGCGACACCCUGGUUAUGGAACAGCACGUAAGUGAUGAUGAGCAGCCUGUGGUUUUAAGAGAAGAAAACAAGAGGAGGAGGAGGAAGAUGAAAGCCUUUAUCUCCAGUUCGUCAGUAGCUAUGGAUCAGAUAGCCAUCGAGUUUGUGCUCCCCACCACCUCCAAGACUGGGAAGAGCCCAGACGUGCUGCAGCUGGACAUAGCAGGGAACUGCACAGUUGAGCAGGUCAAGACUCAGGUGUGGCUGAAAGCUGUCGCUACCAACCUGUGCCCUGAGUUCUACCAGAAGUACACCCCUGAUCACUGCAUUCUGCUUUACCAAAAGAAGGGUAACUGGUGUGAAAUUUAUGACAAGCACCAGGUAUUCCAGACACUUGACUGCAUACGCUACUGGAAAGCACUAAAGAGGGACCAGGGCAGGAUUCACCUAGCCACUAGACCACAGCCCACUGAGGAGUCCAUUCAGUACCAGAAGUUCUUGAACUACCUGAUCGGAUAUGAUGUCACUGAUGUAAGCAAUGUGCAUGACGAUGAGCUGGAGUUCACCCGCCGAAAGUUACUGACCCCCCGGAAAAACGAGCUCUCAGACAGAGACGCCAGACUUUACUCAAUGGAUCCCUGGAUAAGCUCAAAGCCCCUUCCGGACUACCUGCUCAGCAAGAUCAGCAAUAACAACAUUCUUCUAGUCAUACACACCAGCAGCUCCAGUCAGACUAUCAAGGUAUCGAUUGAUGACACACCCAUCCAGGUUCUUCAGAGCUUCUUCACCAAGAUUGCCAAGAAGAGGGCGCUCUUGGGUAUUGCUGAGGAUGUCAGCGAGUCCGAUUUUGUCCUGAGAGUUUGCGGCAGGGAGGAGUACAUUUUCGGGAACCAUGCCAUCAAAGACUUCCAUUGGGUGAGGCAGUGUCUGAAGAAUGGGGACGAGAUCCACCUGGUGCUGGAGACACCUCCAAACCCUGGGCAGGACGUGGUGCACAAGGAAGACUGGUCCCUGGUGGACGACCGCACUGGUGUGGCAGGGUCCCACGAGCAGCUGACCAUUGACGAAAAAGACCAUGAGAAAGUCUUUACCAUCUCGCUCUGGGACUGCAACCGAAGGUUUCGAGUCAAGAUCCUGGGCAUUGAUAUUCCUGUUCUGCCACGCAAUUCAGAGCUGAUUGUUUUUGUGGAGGCCAGCAUAUUCCAUGGACAGCAGCUGCUGGCCCAGGAGCGGACAUCCUCCAAGCCCUUCACCGAGGAAGUGCUCUGGAACACUUGGCUGGAGUUCAACAUCAAGAUGAAAGACAUUCCUAAAGGAGCCAGGCUGAGCCUGCAGGUGUCCUGUGGCAAGGCCCAAGCCCAGACUUCCAAGGGGAGCUACCCAGACAGCACAAACUAUGAAGGUAAGACUAAGAACCGCCUGCUGUACUAUGUAAAUCUGUUGCUGGUGGACCACCGCUGGCUCCUCAGGCAGGGCGAGUACAUCCUUCACAUGUGGAAGAUGCCAGAGAAAAGCGAAGACAACAGUAGCGUCAACGCCGACAAGCUCACCUCUGCCACCAACCCGGACAAGACCAACUCCAUGGCCAUCGCCAUCAUGCUGGACAAGUACUGUUACCCCAUCGCUCUGCCCAAAUGUCGCGAAGCCCAAGAGGCAGAAGGGGAGAGAGGGCACAGGGAAAUGCCCAACCACCUGCGAAAGCAGUUCGACCAGAUUAUAGCCACAGACCCGCUACACCCGCUUAGCCCAGAGGACAAGGAGCUGCUCUGGCACUUCAAGCACGAAUGCAUGAGGAUUCCCAAGGCCUACCCAAAAUUCCUUAGCUCAGUGAAGUGGGGAAAGCAGGAGGCAGUGACGGCUACACACCAGCUGCUGGAGAAAAGUGACACCUGGGACCGUAGCUCACUGGAUGUGGGCCUCGCUAUGCAACUGCUUGACUGCAACUUCUCUGAUGCCAAUGUGCGUACCAUGGCUGUCAGGAAGCUGGAGACGCUGGCCGAUGAUGACGUCCUUAGAUACCUUCUACAGCUUGUACAGGCUGUGAAAUUUGAACCAUACCAUGACAGUGCCUUAGCCAGAUUCUUACUGAAACGUGCUCUGAGGAGCAAGCGGAUCGGCCACUUCCUGUUUUGGUUCCUGCGCAGUGAGAUCGCUCAGUCCAUGCACUACCAGCAGCGAUACGCCGUCAUCCUGGAGGCCUACCUGCGCGGCUGCGGCGACGCCAUGCUGCAGGACUUCAGGAAGCAGGUGGAGAUGACCGAGGCCCUGCAGAAGGUGACGCGCGAGAUCAAGGCCAUGUCUGCUGAAAAGUACGACGUGUCCAUGCAAGUUGUAUUUCAGCUGCGGCAGAAGCUUGAGAACUUACAAACGUCAGGCCUGCCAGAGGGCUUCAGAGUUCCCUACGACCCAGGCCUGAGAGCUGGAGCACUGGUGAUUGAGCAGUGCAAAGUGAUGGCUUCCAAGAAGAAGCCCCUGUGGCUGCAAUUCAAGCGGGCUGACCCCACCACGCGGUCCAGCGACACCAUCGGGAUCAUCUUUAAGGACGGGGACGACCUGCGCCAGGACAUGCUCAUUUUGCAGAUUCUGGUGAUAAUGGAAUCUAUAUGGGAAGCGGAGUCUUUGGAUUUAUCUUUGUUGCCAUAUGGUUGCAUUUCAACUGGAAAUAAAAUAGGGAUGAUCGAGAUAGUGAAGGAUGCCACCACCAUCGCCAACAUCCAGCAGAGCACUGUGGGAAACACCGGUGCCUUUAAAGAUGAGAUCCUCAACCAAUGGCUGCGAGACAAGUGUUUAACGGAGGACAGGUUUCAGCAGGCUGUCGAGCGUUUUGUGUACUCCUGUGGGGGUUACUGUGUGGCCACCUAUGUCCUGGGUAUCGGAGACCGACACAAUGACAACAUAAUGAUCACAGAAUCAGGUAAUCUUUUCCACAUUGAUUUUGGACACAUCCUUGGAAAUUACAAGAGCUUCUUGGGUAUCAGCAAGGAGAGGGUCCCGUUUGUAUUGACGCCAGACUUCCUGUAUGUCAUGGCGACCACAGGGAAGAAAACCAGCCCCCAUUUCCAGAAAUUUCAGGAUGUGUGCGUGAAGGCCUACCUGGCUCUGCGGCACCACACCAACCUGCUGAUCAUCCUGUUCUCCAUGAUGCUGAUGACCGGCAUGCCGCAGCUGACCAGCAAGGAGGACAUCGAGUACAUCCGCGAGGCGCUGACCGUGGGCCGCUCUGAGGAGGAAGCGCAGCGCCACUUCCUGGACCAGAUCGAGAUCUGCAGGGACAAGGGCUGGACCGUGCAGUUCAACUGGUUCCUGCACUUGGUGCUGGGCAUCAAACAAGGAGUGGAAAAGCGGUCAGCAUAACGUUCCAUUUAAGCACUGACUGUUUUUUCUUUUUUUGCUCUCCAUCUGUCUGGCUGUCACCUUCACUCUGGUCUCAGAGAGGAUUAAGUACUUUCCUGGCUUCAUAAAA